AAUAUAAUUUCUAUUCACCCGUAUUCACAGUUAGAUUACAAGACCAAUUCAACAGAAACCAAAAACAUCAAUUUGAUCCAAAAAAAUGGAAGAAGAAAAACAGAGAGGAAAAGGCAACAGAAUAAUAUUGAUGCCAUCACCAUUUCAAGGACACAUAACACCAUUACUUCAACUAGCAAACAUUCUCUACUCAAAGGGUUUCUCAAUCACCAUAGUUCACACCGUUUUCAAUUCCCCUGACCCUUCUUCUUACCCUCACUUCAGUUUUCUUCCACUUCAUGGUGCUUUAUCAGAAACAGAAGCUUCAAAGGUUGAUGCAGUUCAUCUAACUGAGGUUAUUAAUGUUAGAUGCGUGCAGCCUUUGAAGGAAUGUUUGACUCUGUUGCUGUCACAUGAUAAGGUUAAGGAAGAUGGUUGUGUUUCUUGUUUUAUUGUUGAUGCUGCUCUUUAUUUUACUCAAGGUGUUUGUGAUGAAGUUGGGGUUCCUCGUAUUGUUCUCAGGACUGGUGGGGCAUCUUCAUUUCUUGUUUUUGCUUCUUUUCCUCUCCUCAGAGAAAAGGGUUAUUUUCCUGUUCAAGAAUCUCGAUCGGAGGAAGUUGUGGUGGAUCUUCCACCACUCAAAGUGAAAGACCUUCCUGUAUUUCAGUCUAAAGAACCUGAAGCAUUUUACAAACUAGUUUGUCGCUUUGUUGACGAAUGCAAGAAAUCUUCAGGGAUUAUAUGGAACACCUUUGAAGAGUUGGAAUCAUCUGCAUUGACAAAAUUGCGCCAAGAUUUUUCUGUGCCAAUAUACCCUAUAGGCCCUUUCCACAAAUACUCUCUUGCUGGCUCGAAUUCUACUAGCUUAUUGACACCAGAUAAAACCUGCAUUUCUUGGUUAGACAAACAAGAACAAAAAAGUGUUGUUUAUGUGAGUUUUGGGAGUAUUGUAGCGAUAAGCGAGGAAGAGUUCUUGGAGAUAGCUUGGGGGUUAGUCAACAGCAAUCAACCUUUCCUCUGGGCGAUUCGACCUGGGACAAUCCGCGGAUCAGAAUGGCUUGAACCAUUGCCAAGUGGGUUCCUAGAGAAUUUGGGAGAAAGAGGGUAUAUUGUGAAAUGGGCUCCUCAAGAACAAGUGUUGAAGCAUCCUGCAGUUGGAGCAUUUUGGACUCAUAAUGGUUGGAACUCAACUUUGGAGAGUGUAUGUGAAGGUGUUCCAAUGAUUUGUAUGCCGUCUUUCGGAGACCAAAAGAUCAAUGCCAAGUAUGCAAGUGAUGUUUGGAAGGUUGGGUUGCAAUUAGAGAAUAAGCUAGAGAGAGGAGAGAUAGAGAAGGUAAUUAGAAAACUAAUGCUUGGUGAUGAAGCCAAUGAGAUUAGAGAGAAUGUCAUGAAUUUGAAGGAAAAGGCAAAUGUUUGCUUGAAAAAAGGGGGCUCUUCUUAUUGUUUCCUCGAUUCCUUGGUUAGUGAAAUAUUAUCGCUUAAAUCUUCUACACGUAGAGCUCAGUGAUUACUAUACAAACUUAGGACUAUGCUUACUAGGUAUGACUUAUGGUUUACUAAUAAAUGAGCGAGCUGUUCAAGCGUACUGUACGGUUCAAGGGUAAUCUUGUAAAUUGAACCAUAAUAUUAAAACACAAGUUGUAUUCUGUAAACUCUAAGUUUGAACCAUCCAUUGAGUAUUGAAAAUUGUUCAGUCUUUUAUUUCUGUUCAUCACUUUGUAACGAAAAAAAGAAGUUAAAAGUGAAGGAAUGAAGUUAAUAUUCCAUUAA